AUGGCUGAUAAAUCAAGAUUCUUCGUACAUCACAACACUUUUCAUAGUCCAAGAGAGGCUGCUUCUGUUCAAGAAGGCGGCAAAGGCUGCAGUGGCGGCGGCGGCGAUGGCGAUAUGAAGUCAUCUUUAUCAUCACCAGAUAGAGUGCUUUCAAGUUCAGAAUCCAGUUCUCCAACAAAUGACGCUUCUGCUACAACUUUGAACCAUGGAUUCUCCGAAGAAAAUUUGUUCAAAGAAGGUAAUCAAUAUCAUGCACAUUCUUUCCUUCCUGGAUUGAAUUCUGUGAACCAAAAUGGAUCUUCUAUAGAAGGAAUAAAUUAUGUCCCUUUGAAUUUUCUUGAAUCAUUCCCAGCUUUAAAUAAAGCUCAAGCAUCUGAACCUUAUUCAUCAUCACCUUCUUUAUCUAUCAAUUCAAGAUUCCCAAAUUUAGGCCUGUUUCUUCAGAGUCCAUCAUACUUACAGACCCCAUUAUUCUCCAUGCCUCAACUUGAUCAAAACCAGCUUCAGACAGGAAAAGAAUGGCUGAAAAUGAAUCAAAACCUAACAAAUUAUUCUUCAAAAGGUUUCAGUGAUUACUGGCUUAGCACUACUAAAACUCAACCAAUGAAGUUAACAGGGAGAACUCAAUAUGAAAAUGGUAAACGUGUCAGAAAUGGAAACACUAGCCUUCUAGGAGUGUCCGUCCAACGCAGCGGGUCUUCUUCUUCGGGAAAGCUUUUCAGAGGAGUAAGGCAGAGGCAUUGGGGGAAAUGGGUUGCAGAAAUAAGAUUGCCGCGAAACCGAACACGGGUUUGGUUGGGGACUUUUGACACAGCAGAAGAGGCUGCUUUUGCUUAUGAUACAGCUGCUUAUAUACUAAGAGGUGAUUAUGCACAUCUGAAUUUCCCAGAUUUGAAGCAUCAAAUCAAGACUAAUUCCAUGAAUAACAAUACAGCAGCCCUUCUUGAAGCCAAAUUGAGAGCAAUAUCACAAGGGAUUCCUGCUUCAAAUAAGGCCAUCGAUCAUGAUCAAAAGGCAAUAUUUCUGCAAGAAGAUUCAACGGUUAAUGGGAAUUUGAAGCAAAAAUCAUCUUCAAGAAAAGAAUGGUCCUUAAUGGAUUUGGAGAGCAAAGCUGGAUUGGAUCAGGUGAUUGAGAACAAGAAGAAUAAUCAAGAAGGGUUAUCCGAUAUUGAUACAGUUCAGUUAAGCACAAUGCCAUCUCUGGACAUGGAUACAAUCUGGGAUGCACUUCUUGUGUCAGAUUCAUGA